CAGGCGCCAAGCCAUGGAGCACGGAAGCGGAAGGUUUGACGCGUCGACGGGCACCCAGGGGCCAGUAACCAUGCGCGGCUUGCAGGCGACAGGGCCUCGGCCCACAGCGACCUCGUGCGGGUGCGUGAAGCCGGCUCUGGAGACAGGAAAUCUGUUAACUGAGCCAAUUGGCUACUUAGAAUCAUGUUUCUCAGCUAAGAAUGGUACCCCAAGGCAGCCGUCCAUCUGUAGUCUUUCACGGGCUCGUUUAAGGAUUAGAAAGAGCAUCUUUAAUAAUCCUGAACAUUCCUUGAUGGGCCUGGAUCAGUUUUCUCAUGUUUGGAUUUUGUUUGUUUUUCACAAAAAUGGUCAUUUGAGCUGCAAGGCCAAAGUGCAGCCUCCUAGGCUGAAUGGCGCAAAGACUGGUGUUUUUGCCACGAGGAGCCCCCACCGCCCCAAUGCCAUUGGACUGACCCUGGCCAAGCUGGAAAAGGUAGAAGGUGGCGCUGUCUACCUCUCUGGGAUUGACAUGAUAGAGGGCACACCGGUGCUAGACAUAAAGCCCUACAUAGCUGACUAUGACUCGCCCCAGCGCCUGAUGGAGCCUUUAAGAGACUUUAAUUUACCAGGUGCCCAACACAAACCAGAAACUGAGUUUUGGUGUGGUGGCAUGACUGAUGACUGUGACCAGCAGCAGCUCCCAGGGUGCGAUGAACCACAGCCCGACAGUAGCACUGAGGAGAAACCCAAAGGGCCUGAAGACAGAACUCCUGAAGAAAAGCACCGGGAACAUGACACAGCAGAAAUUCUAAACUCGCCUAGGAACCAGGGGGAGAGGGCAGCAGGUUUGGGCUUAGAAUCAGGACGUGGUCAGAGUUGGAGUGCUGUAGAAGAGGCGAUUGGCUCACGUCAUCUGGAGGAGAGCUCUUCUGAGGAAGGGACAGAGAAGAGGCCACGGGCAGGGCAAGAGGCCGAGAUCCUACAAGGAGUCAGUGGAGAAACGCAGCCUGGGGCCCUUCGCCACCCUGCCGGGGCUGCCCCUGAAGCCCGCCACAGCGUGGUUCCCAGCUGGGUGAGAGAGGCACCUGUGCCCACAUUAGGGGUUCGGUUCACUCCUCACGCCGAGAUGGAUCUCGCACACCUCAGCUCAGAUGUCAGUCAAAGUGUGUUUCGGUAUUUCCGGUCGGCAGAGGAAGCAAAGCGUGCUAUUGAGGCUGUGCUGGCAGCCGACCCUCGGUCUGUGUAUCGACGGAAGCUCUGCCGGGACCGUCUUUUCUACUUCACGGUGGACACAGCGCACGUCACUUGCUGGUUUGGCGAUGGCUUUGCAGAAGUCCUCAGGAUCCGGCAUGCUUCUGAGCCUGUUUAG